CUCCCCUCAGGAUGGAUAGUUCCACAUUGGGAAAUUUCUGCAGAGUGUAUUCUGCAAAGUAAUGUGAAAAACAUAAUCCCAUAUGUGAUUAAACAGUAAAAGACAUGGCAACAUUCUAAAGGGUUUUUAUGUCUUAAGAGAUGGCAUAGCAUGCCGCUACUUCCACUCACAAUGUCUGAAGUGAGAAUUGUGCUGCUGGGGGAAAACGUUCUCCUGACCAACAGAGUGGGAAACUUCAUCCUGGGCAGAUCUGCAUUUGAGACUGAACUUCAUCUUCCUUCAGUAAAGCUGCACAGUGAGAGAGCCAGUGGUCACGUGGAGGGAAGAACCGUCAUCAUCAUCAACACGCCUCAUCUCUAUAAUCCACAUCUCUCUCAGGAGGAACUGACUCAGAGAGUAAAGGAGUGCAUUUCUCUCGCUCAUCCUGGACCUCAUGUGUUUCUGUUAGUGCUUCAGUCAGAAAAAUUCACACAUGAGCAACACGACAGAGUCAGAAGCAUAUUGGAAACUUACAGCUCACUGUCUCGGAAACGCUCAAUAGUGAUAACUACAGGUGAAGACCAUGGAUUCAUCAGUGAAUGUGAAUUUAGACACCACAGAAUUCAGAAUGUAUCUAAAUUCAGUAAACAUCAGAUCCUUCAGCUUUUGGAGAAAAUAGAUGCAGUGGUGAAGGAGACCGGGAGAAGUGCGCUACAAGAGAAGAAACACUCAGGAACACUGAGAAGACAUCAGGAACAUUUGAGUGAAAAAACACUAAAGGAACAACUGGAGGAAAGUAAAGUGUCUGAUCUGAGAAUUAUUCUGUUGGGAAAAAGUCUCACCGACACCGGCAGUGUGGGAAACCGCAUCCUGGGCACAACUGCGUUUGGGACUGAAGGGUCUCGACAUUCAGUAUCACUUCAGUGUGAGAGAGUUAGAGGACAUGUGAAGGGAAGAUCCAUCACCAUUGUCAAUGCACCUCAUCUUUUUCAACAAAACCUCUCGAAUCAUCAGUUCACACAGUGUAUUCAAGAGUGUGCGUCUCUGUCGGAUCCUGGACCUCAUGUAAUCAUGCUAAUUGUACAGCCAGAAGAUUUCACUGAAGCAGACAAAAGAAGAGUGGAUCGCAUUCUUUCAGAUCUGUCUGAGGACGCUCAUAAUUACACCAUGGUGCUAACGACAAAGAACAUAGAAAUCGGCACCAGUGUAGAUCAAGAUCAGGAAACUGUCCUACAGGAGAUCAUUGCCGAAUGUAAUUACAAACAUUUAAAUUUCAGUGAAUGCAGCCAGGAUGCUCUUUUGAAGAAGAUGGAAGAGAUGGUCAAGGUGAAUAAAGGAAACCUUAUCUGUGAGAUAUAUGAAGAAGCUGACUCUGCAGUCAGCCAAAAACCAUCUGAGCAAUUCAGAGGCCAACUGGAACAUCAAGAAACCGUAACACUGGGAGAGCAUACUAAACCGAAAAAGCGAAGAAAGUCUGGUCAUGCACGCAUAAAACCCAAAUUUGAUAAAAUUCAACAAGUUGGAUUAAAGUUGAUAAAGAAGGAACGCCGUAAAUUAAAAGAGACUCCACAUUUGAACCUAGUGCUGCUGGGAAUGGAAGAAUUAACGGCCUCCGUGUCUGAAAUAUUAUUGGGUAAAAAGUCCUCACUGGUCCAGUCAGAGUCCAGCUCCGAGUGUGUGGUAAGGAAGGGAGAAGUGUGUGGACACCUGAUAACGCUGGUGGAGAUGCCCACUCUCUACAACACUCGGCUCUCAGAACAGGAAGUGAUGCGUCAGACUCGACACUGUGUCUCUGUCUGUGAUCCUGGAGUCCACGCUUUCUUCAUCAUGGUUCCUGAAGGUCUCACUGAUGAAGAUAAAGCAGAAAUAAAGAUGAUUCAGAGGGUCUUCGGCUCCAGAAUUAAUGACCAUGUCAUAUUCCUCAUCAACCAGCAGUCGCAGAAGGAACAGAUAGAUCAGACUCUUCAGUCUGUGAUAAAGACAUAUGGAGGACGAUCUAGAUUCUACAGCAGCAAAACAAAAGCAGAUGAUCUGUUUUUCUGUGUUAAAGAUCUUCUUAAAAACAACAACAAUCGUCCGUACACGAUGGCCAUGUACGCUGAUGCCCAGGUUGAAACACAGCUGCAGUACAAAAGAGAAAAUGAAAAUCUGCAACAACAAGUGACUGAAUUCAAGACGAGGACUCAAACAGAAGAUUUAUCAAAAAGCCCUGACGCUCUCAGAAUUGUGCUGUUGGGGAAGACAGGAGUUGGGAAGAGCGCAUCAGGAAACACCAUUCUGGGGAAAAACGCAUUUAAAAAAAUGAUGUCACUUCAGUCAAUUACCACUGCAUGUCAGAAAGAGACAGUAGAGCUCGGUGGGAGACGGAUUACUGUGAUCGACACUCCAGGACUGUUUGACACAAAUAUCAAUAAUGAAGAAACCAAGAAAGAGAUUGUUAAAUGCAUAUCGAUGGCAGCACCUGGUCCUCACGUGUUCCUGCUGGUGCUGAGAAUCGGACAACGCUUCACCCAGGAGGAGAUAGAGGCAGUGAACAUCAUUGAAAAGACUUUUGGUAGAAAAGCGAACACAUACACCAUCGUACUCUUCACCUGCGGUGAUCUACUUAAUGAACAGCCAUUUGAACAGUUUAUUCAAACUGCUGGGCCAGAAUUAAACAAACUUCUGUGGGCCUGUGGUAAACGAUAUCAGGUGUUCAACAACAGUGAUAACUGCAGCAACACUCAGGUGUCAGAGCUCCUGGAUAAAAUCGACUCAAUGGUGAAGGUAAACGGCGGAGGCUGCUACACUAAUCAGAUGUUCCAGGAGGCCGAGGAAACUCUAGAAAAAGAAAAGGAGAGAAUACUGAAAGAGAGAGAGGAGCAGAUAGAGAGAGAGAAAGAAGAACUGAAGACCAAACAUGAAGCUGAAAUGGAGGACAUGAGGAGAGAGAUACAGGAACAAAAAGAAAGACAAGAAGCAGAGGAGAGAAGAAAAGAGGAAGAAUUUAAACAGAGAGAAGAGCAAAUAAAAAGAGAUAUGGAAAAAAGGGAACAACAGGCAAGAGAGGACUUUCAGAAGAGAAGAGAAGAAGAUGACACAAAGAUGAAGGAAUGGAUGCAACAAAUAAACACAGAGAGAGAGGAGAACAGGAAACAGUGGGAGAGACAAAGAUGGGAAGAUCAGAAACAGAGAGAUCAGGAGGAGGAGGAAAGGAGGAGGAGAGAACAAGAGUGGAAGGAGAAACAGAGAGCAGAGAAUGAGAGGUUUCAAAAAGAAAAAGAAGAGAUGAAAAUUCAUAAAGAAGAAGAAUUAAAGAAACUACAACAGGAGUAUGAACAGAAGGCAGCAGAAGAAGAGAGGAGAAGAAGGGAUUUAGAAGAAAAGAUAAAGGAUGCAGAGGAAAGUAAAAAGAAGGAACUACGGGAUCUUCAGUCAUCUCAGCAACGAGAGUGGGAGCAGAGGAUGAAGGAGGAGGAGGAGAAGAGAAACAAACAGCAGGAGGUCUGGGAGGAAAGAAUUGCUGCUAUGGAGGAUGAAUGGCAUUCAGAUCAGAUUAGGAAGGAGAGUCAGUAUGAGCAGGAAAGACAGAAAGAACAGGAGGAUAGAGAUUUAAGAGAGAAGGAAAGAAAAGAGAAAGAAGAACAAGAAAAGAAAAGAAUAGAAAAUGAAUUGAAUGAAAAGAUCAGAAUUAUGGAAGAACAGCUAAAGGCACAAAGAGAAAAAGAUGAGAGAGAAAGAAAGGAAAAGGAGGAAGAACACAAAAAGGAAAUGGAGGAAAAACUACAGAAACAACAGGAAGAUUUCAGAAAGGAGAAAGAAGAAGAAGAAAGAAAACGCAAGGAAGAGGAGGAGAGAAAUCUUGCCUUCAUUACAGAGCAACACAAGAAAGAACUGGAGACCCAGAAAGCACAGACAGAAGCAGCAGCCAGGAAACAGGCAGAGGAAGAAUUUAAAACUCAAUUUGAUGAAAAAGUUAAACAGGCAGAGGAAGAAUUUAAAACUCAAUUUGAUGAAAAAGUUAAACAGGCAGAGGAAGAAUUUGAAGCUCAACUUGAUGAAAAAGUUAAACAGGCAGAGGAAGAAUUUAAAGCUCAACUUGAUGCAGAAGUUAAAGAAGCGAAGCAUGAAGGGUUUGAAGAGGGCUGUGCACACGUCGAGUCAGAAAGAACAACACCAGGCAGAGUUGUAGAUCAAAUUGUUAAAGCUUGGUACUAAAAUGAAGAAGAAAAGAAAACUGAAUGAAAGCUUGUUUGAAAUUCAUUCAGACUUGAUGUUUUUUAAUCCACAUUUUUUAGUUAAUAUCAGUUUAUCAGUAGAUUAACAUGUGAUUUAUAUCAACAGCAUUAUGCUUUGUUUCAGGUCGGUUUGCCUCUAUUUUAAUUACAUUGUGGGUUUUUUUUGUCACAUAAAAUUAGAUUCUGUAUUUUUUAAUAUAAAUAUCUUAUUUCUGUUUCUGCGGUUACUGAUCUACUGGGGUUUAAAUCUGAAGCACAACGACACAGUUACACUCCAUAUUCCUUUAUUUUACCUCCAAAUGGACCAUUAAUCAAUCAGAGAUGCACGACAUGGACAAAAGUCCUUGAAUAUAAUAUAUUUGUGUUUGUUGUGUGCAUUAAUAUGGAGUUCACGCACUCUUCACUGCUGUAACAGACAAAUUCACAGAUACCAACAUCACUAACAAGAAAUUCACAGCACAGAGAGAAACACAGAUUGUUACCACUGAUCGUGUAUAGCAGUGGAGAAAACGGAUAUUUAACUGCAAUUUGCAGAAAUGUUUGUAUUUAAAAGCAAUCAGCUGAAUGCAUAAAGAAAUAUUAUUUGGUUAUUAUACAACAUUUACAGAAGUGUAGUUGCUCUGCAGUGUGCUCCAUGUCCAUAGAACAACAAACUGCCUUUAAAUGCAGUGGAAGAGUUUUAUUACCUCGCCGGGGCGGAGUCCACCAGGGGGCGAGGCAUUGUUUUCAGUGGGGUUUGUUUGUUUGUAUGCAUGUUUCUUUGUUUUUGUUUAUUGUUAAUGAUACUACAGGAAAACAGCUGGAUCAAUCUUCAUGAAACUUUCAGGAUAGAUGGACAUUGGUCUCAAAUAGAACCUCCAACAUUUUGAGGGUCAUCCGGGCAAGAUCACCAAAAAAAGUCAAACUUGUUUUUUCACGAUAUCUUCCUUCAAAGAGAGGAUGUAUGGCAUAUUCUGAUUGGCUGAGAGCAGUAUGGUGUAUUCUGAUUGGCUGAGAGCAGUAUGGCGUGCGAAUGAGAAUCAGAAUCAUGUUUAUUGGCCAAGUAUGUUCACACACAAGGUCAAAAUCAAGGUCACCAAACAGGUCAAACUUGUUUUUUCGUGAUAUCUUCCUUCAUAUUCAUCAUAAGCACUCCCAGGCGAGGUUUCUUUUGCCUGGCAACACUAGUUGUUGAUUGUUUUUGUAUAUUUGAGCGUCAGUAUAAAGUCUUGGGUUAAAAAAAAAAAAAAAAAAAAAAAGGUCUUUACGGAAAUGACAGAUAAACAUUGAACUUAACAUGUCUGGUUAAAUAGGAAUAUAAAUGUCUUAAUAGUUUUUGUAAACUAAAUCUAAAGAUGAUAAAGU